UCAUGGGUCUCUAGGGAUUUCCGAGAUGCCUGGGAAGACAGGCUGGGGCUGGUGGUGGGCCCGGCUGCCUCUUUGCCUGCUCCUUAGCCUUUAUGGCCCCUGGAUGCCUUCCUCCCUGGGGAAGCCCAAGGGCCACCCCCACAUGAAUUCCAUCCGCAUAGAUGGGGACAUCACACUGGGAGGUCUGUUCCCUGUGCACGGCCGGGGCUCAGAGGGCAAGGCUUGUGGAGAACUUAAGAAGGAAAAGGGCAUCCACCGACUGGAGGCCAUGCUCUUUGCCCUGGAUCGCAUCAACAAUGACCCGGACCUGCUGCCCAACAUCACGCUGGGCGCCCGCAUUCUGGACACCUGCUCGAGGGACACCCAUGCCCUCGAGCAGUCGCUGACCUUUGUGCAGGCGCUCAUCGAGAAGGAUGGCACGGAGGUCCGCUGUGGCAGUGGCGGCCCACCCAUCAUCACCAAACCUGAACGUGUGGUGGGUGUCAUCGGUGCUUCAGGGAGCUCGGUCUCCAUCAUGGUGGCCAACAUCCUCCGUCUCUUCAAGAUCCCCCAGAUCAGCUACGCCUCCACAGCCCCCGACCUGAGUGACAACAGCCGCUACGACUUCUUCUCCCGAGUGGUGCCCUCGGACACAUACCAGGCCCAGGCCAUGGUGGACAUCGUUCGCGCCCUCAAGUGGAACUACGUGUCCACGCUGGCCUCGGAGGGCAGCUACGGCGAGAGCGGCGUGGAGGCCUUCAUCCAGAAGUCCCGGGAGGAUGGGGGCGUGUGCAUUGCUCAGUCGGUGAAGAUACCACGGGAGCCCAAGCCUGGGGAAUUUGACAAGAUCAUCCGGCGCCUCCUGGAGACCUCAAAUGCCAGGGCGGUCAUCAUCUUUGCCAAUGAGGAUGACAUCAGGCAUGUGCUGGAGGCAGCACGGAAGGCUAACCAGACAGGCCACUUCUUCUGGAUGGGCUCGGACAGCUGGGGCUCCAAGAGCGCACCUGUGCUGCACCUGGAGGAGGUGGCGGAGGGCGCUGUUACCAUCCUCCCCAAGAGGAUGUCUGUGCGAGGCUUCGACCGCUACUUCUCCAGCCGCACGCUGGACAACAACCGGCGCAACAUCUGGUUUGCCGAGUUCUGGGAGGACAACUUCCAUUGCAAGCUCAGCCGCCACGCGCUCAAAAAGGGCAGCCACGUCAAGAAGUGCACCAACCGAGAGCGCAUUGGGCAGGACUCGGCAUAUGAGCAGGAGGGGAAGGUGCAGUUUGUGAUUGAUGCUGUGUAUGCCAUGGGCCACGCGCUGCACGCCAUGCACCGUGACCUGUGUCCGGGCCGCGUGGGGCUCUGCCCACGCAUGGAUCCCGUGGACGGCACCCAGCUGCUCAAGUAUAUCCGCAAUGUCAACUUCUCAGGCAUCGCCGGGAACCCCGUGACCUUCAAUGAGAAUGGAGAUGCCCCCGGGCGCUACGACAUUUACCAGUACCAGUUGCGCAAUGGCUCAGCUGAGUACAAGGUCAUCGGCUCCUGGACCGACCACUUACACCUGAGAAUAGAGCGGAUGCAGUGGCCGGGGAGUGGGCAGCAGCUGCCCCGCUCCAUCUGCAGCCUGCCCUGCCAGCCGGGAGAGCGGAAGAAGACCGUGAAGGGCAUGCCCUGCUGCUGGCACUGUGAGCCCUGCACGGGGUACCAGUACCAGGUGGAUCGCUACACCUGUAAGACCUGUCCGUAUGACAUGCGGCCCACAGAGAACCGCACGGGCUGCCGACCCAUCCCCAUCAUCAAGCUCGAGUGGGACUCGCCCUGGGCCGUGCUGCCCCUUUUCCUGGCCGUGGUGGGCAUCGCUGCCACGCUCUUUGUGGUGGUCACCUUCGUGCGCUACAACGACACGCCCAUCGUCAAGGCCUCGGGCCGCGAGCUGAGCUACGUGCUGCUGGCUGGCAUCUUCCUGUGCUACGCCACCACCUUCCUCAUGAUUGCCGAGCCUGACCUGGGGACCUGCUCUCUGCGCCGAAUCUUCCUGGGGCUGGGCAUGAGCAUCAGCUACGCGGCCCUGCUCACCAAGACCAACCGCAUCUACCGCAUCUUCGAGCAGGGCAAGCGGUCGGUCAGCGCCCCGCGCUUCAUCAGCCCGGCCUCGCAGCUGGCCAUCACCUUCAGCCUCAUCUCGCUGCAGCUGCUUGGCAUCUGCGUGUGGUUUGUGGUGGACCCCUCCCACUCGGUGGUGGACUUCCAGGACCAGCGGACGCUCGACCCCCGCUUCGCCAGGGGCGUGCUCAAGUGCGACAUCUCGGACCUGUCGCUCAUCUGCCUGCUGGGCUACAGCAUGCUGCUCAUGGUCACGUGCACCGUGUAUGCCAUCAAGACACGCGGUGUCCCGGAGACCUUCAACGAGGCCAAGCCCAUUGGCUUCACCAUGUACACCACCUGCAUCGUCUGGCUCGCCUUCAUCCCCAUCUUCUUUGGCACCUCGCAGUCGGCAGACAAGCUGUACAUCCAGACAACGACGCUGACCGUCUCGGUGAGUCUGAGCGCCUCGGUGUCCCUGGGGAUGCUCUACAUGCCCAAGGUCUACAUCAUCCUCUUCCACCCGGAGCAGAAUGUGCCCAAGCGCAAGCGCAGCCUCAAAGCCGUCGUCACCGCCGCCACCAUGUCCAACAAGUUCACGCAGAAGGGCAGCUUCCGGCCCAAUGGUGAGGCCAAGUCUGAGCUCUGCGAGAACCUGGAGACCCCAGCCUCCUCUGGGCACCAGCACACAACUCCCACCCCAAGCGGCAAGGCUGACCUUGAUUACUCUCCACUGAGCUGUCCCAGGCCAUGGAGGGAGACCCUGGAUCUGGACAGGACAGAACCAAGGACCUGGCCAGGGUCCUCACCCCAGUGCCUCAUUUUUCACAUGAGGGUGGCAUUUACCUAGCCUCCUCACUAGGCUGCCGUGAGGUCUGAACCCCGGCCGGGCAGAGGCAGGAGGAGGCUCGUGCUGCCCCAAAAAGCUGAUGUUGUCACCCAGCUGUGAGUGGUGGGGAGGGCCCCAGGAGUGGCUGAGGGAGGGCCAGAGCCAUGGGUAUGGAUAAGGAGGCCUCGGGGCUGAGGUGAGACAGGGACACCUAUAAAUGGGAAGGGUAGCCGGACCAAGGCCCAAGGGGACCUGGAGGCCUUCCGCUUCCCUUAGGUGUGGCACGGGGGCCAACUGGUCAGCUCGUCAGUUUCUAGCCUCAUGAGCCCCCCCUGCUCCGGUUCCAUCAGUUAUUUCCUCCGUCCCAACUCACCACUCCCGUCCCCUAGGCUGCCAGGCUAUGUCUAAUGUCUGUUCUUUGCAUGUGUUCUUCUAGAACGUGUGCUGUUGACCUGAAAACUU